AUGAACUUCCUCCCUUACUUGCCAGAAUCCCAGUCAGGUCAACCACGCUCGUUUGGCACUGGGCGUUACUUUGUUCCCUAUUCCUGCAUAAUCAGAUAUGGAGAUGAGUGGGAUGGAUGGUGGGAAGAUGACCCCAUCGUCAUUUCUGACUUGACGACUCAGCUUCUCUCAAACCUUGAACCAGUCAGUCGGACCACCGGUCCUUUGCCGAGCAAGUUCAUGCAACAGUUCAAGGGUCGUUUCAUGACUCUGCCGCAGGAGCUCAAGAAUCGGCUUGUGUCCCUGUUGCAGGAAAGUCCUGUCUGUCUUAAUUGCACCUAUUUGAUGCCUCAGUAUCUAUGGAAGCAAGCGUUCUUGCAAAUCCCGUUUCUUUGGGAUCUCGAUACGAAAUUAGUACUCGAAAAAGCCGGUUCAGAACCGUCCGAGACAGAGGAGUGGAACUGGGAAAAGUUUACUCGGCAGGUUCUGAGUCCCGCACAACCCCAGUCCCCCAUUUCAUAUGCGUCGAAGAAAGGUUAUGUGUGGGACUACGAUAAGGUUGGACUGCGUAUGCCCCCUGGAUUUACCAAUCGCCGGCGAAUCUGGCAGAUUGUGGAGGAAAUGUGGCCAAACGAUGUAGGAGUGUGA